AUGUCGCAGAUUGCAUACGAGAACUCGUUAAGCUGGAAGGUUUCAUUACAACAAGAUUUGAUCAAUGUAUCCCUGGAUUUAUUUGCCGUUGAUAUUCCUAAACCUAUUAAACCGCGACCAAAUUGGCCAUAUUCUUAA